AUAUUUGAGAGCUUUCUCCAGUUCUGGAAAACUGAGGAUUUCGAGACAUCACUGUAACCCUUGUAGGCUAUACCGAGGAGUUGCUACGACGCACUCAUCUAUAACGUCAACACAGUAAAUAUGCAAUUGCUUCGUAGCGUGUUGCGCUGACAGCAGGUUUUGCUGCCUUUCCGCUAUACUUUUGUUAUUGAGCAUGAUAUAUCAUCGACGCUAUAGCUAUUGAUGUGGAUUAGGCUUUUUAUCUUUUGAGAUAAACAUUCAAAUACGUCUGCUGGAGUUUAUUUCCAAGUUCUUGCUUGUUCACAUUCGGUAGUUCUUAUAUGGAUACUUGCCGAAAUGAUGGGGGAAUCAGUUUUCUUCGACAGGCGAAUUUCUUACCUUGGUGACUGUACCUGGAGCAGCAUGUCUGGACGAAGGGUGCAGCUGAAGCCUGUUCCAGUUCAGUGUCUCUCGGAGCUGGAGCGUGUGCGGCUCCAGGAGGUGGCCUUCAAUCGGCUGCACCAGGACUAUGACCUGGGUUGCCAGAUCACCAUCCCCAGAGAUGGACAAAAUCACAAGAAAUCCCUGAGAAGGAAGUUGGAUUCAUUAUCUAAAGAAAAGAGCAGAGACAAAGAAUUUGCGUCUCUGGCCUUUAGCAUACCACUGUCUCAGGUGAUCGCCAACGACCGUGCACACAAGCAGCGGCCAGACCCCCUGCCAGGGGACAACCGGGACCCUUCGGACCUGGUGUCAUCCAUCCUGCAGUUUGCCAUAAAGAGACCCAGCAAGGAGCUUUCCAGCAGUAACUCAUCCCUCGGCUCCACCCCAGAGAUGCCCAACGAGUGUGUCCUGCCUAACACCCCCGAAACUGCACCCCGGGCGCACAGACGGGGCGGGAUGUCAGUGGACUCUAUCACAGACCUGGACGACAGUCAGUCCCGCCUCUUGGAGGCGCUGCAGCUCACUCUGCCCACGGGGAGCCCGAGCAAGAAGGAGAAGCACCGGGACGAAAAGCUGAGCCUCAACCCCAUCUACAGACUGGUGCCCCGGCUGGUGGAUAGCUGCUGCCAGCACCUGGAGAAAUAUGGCAUACAGACAGUUGGGAUUUUUCGAGUCGGGAGUUCAAAGAAACGGGUGAGGCAGCUGCGUGAGGAGUUUGACCGGGGCACAGAUGUUCUGUUGGACGAGGACCACAGCGUCCACGAUGUGGCGGCCCUGCUGAAGGAGUUUCUGAGGGACAUGCCCGACCCCCUCCUGACCAAAGAGCUGUACACAGCCUUCAUCAACACGACAUUGCUGGACUCUGAGGGGCAGCAGAGUUCCUUGCAGCUCCUGAUCUACUUGCUGCCUCCCUGCAAUAGUGACACGCUUCACCGGCUCCUGGAGUUCCUGUCCACAGUGGCUGCGCAUGCCCACGACACCCAAGACAAAGACGGACAGGAGGUCACUGGGAACAAGAUGACAUCCUUGAAUCUGGCGACCAUCUUUGGGCCAAACCUCCUGCACAAGCAGAAAAGUUCGGAUAAGGAGUUCUCAGUGCAGAGUUCAGCCCGGGCAGAGGAGAGUGCGGCUGUCAUCGCGGUGGUUCAAAGGAUGAUCGACACAUAUGACACCCUAUUCAUGGUACCCCCCGACCUGCAAAAUGAAGUGUUGAUGAGUCUACUGGAGACCGACCCUGAUGUGGUGGACUAUCUGCUCAGGAGAAAGGAUUCGCAGUGGUCGAGCAUGGACGCGCUCGAUUCGGAUGUACCUUUCUCCCUGACUGAGAGGCACGCCUCCAGUGACUCUAUCAAGGCCUCCAGUGCGGAGCUCUCUCCGUACGAUAACGACUGUUCGCUUUUGUCGGACGACUUUCUCCAUACAAUGGCCGGGUACAUCGAUUCCGGGGCCAUGGAUUUGGGCUCAGCUCCCUGGACUGCCAAGGAUGAACACACAGAUAUCUGGGAAGCUUGGCGUGCAAUGUUGAGGUCAGAACUGAAAGAUCCACCAAACACAGGAUCCCAUAGGACACUUUCCCAUAGCCCUCCAGAGGGGUCUUGUGACCAAUUGGGAGACAGGAAGCCGCAGCGGAUACAGACCUCAUUGGCCAUGGCCAAGUUUCCACAGGCCCCAGUUGCUUGCGGUAACAGCAGCUCCCAUACAGAAAGAGAACAAGGUCCGCUAGAACCACAUGCACUCCUUCCCCAGCGAGACAGCCACUCAGAAUCCAGCUGUGCUGAGGACCUCCCCCAGGGGAGUGGCCUUCUAGAAACCUUGCCCAGUACAACCAAGCCUCCCUUUAGGAGCAAAGACAUGCCCCCUCUGCCUCAGACAGGACAUUCUACGAGGCUUACUGUCUCCACACCUCAUAGGGGCCCCUUACAGUGCAGGGGUCCAGGUCCUCAGAAACAGAAAGAGUCCAGCCAGACCCCUGCUAGCUCUGCAGAGACUAAAGGCCAAGUGAGCCCUGACUGGCAGGACUGGCAAAGGGAGAGGUGGCAAAUCUGGCAGCUACUAUCUUUGGACAACACAGACUCACUGCCAGAGACACUAGUGUGAACUGGAAUAGUUCCAACUGCACUGCAAUCCCUCCCCCUGAGACAGUGUAGUUCCUUUGUGCAGUUUUCUUUUUUUCUUUUUUGUUGCAAAUGUGUGCUUUAUUGUGUGAUGUUUAAGUUCUUUUUUUAUUUUACAUUUUUGCCAUCAGCAAUCAUAUUUGUGCCUAACAGAUCAUUGUGACAUACCUCACGAAUAAUAUGAAAUUUGUCAAAAAAUAACUGGUAAAAAACAUAAGCUUCAUACAAUGGAGGCUAUUACGUUCAUAUCUGUAAGUUUUUGUGGAACAUGUUCUGUGCUUUUGCCCAAAAAGCAUUUCAGAUGCAUAUGUAUGUGAGUUGGAGUCGGAUUUAAAGUAGGUAUCACUUCAGGAAUUUGGGUUUGGAGUUGUUUAACAAGAAGUUUAGUUUUUAAACUAAGAAGGUGAAAAGUUAUUGAGAAAAUGCGUUAUCAUAACUGAAAUAUUAUAUUGUUUAUGGCAGUUUCACAAAUUUAAAUAUACAAGUCAGCUACUUUAUGUAAAGUGUUGCUAGGAGUUCUUAAAUAUGUACACAAUUAUAUUUUUCCACGAACCACACACUCAAGCAUCUAGGUUAUAGUGUGAAAAUAUACUUCUUCAGUUUCAUAAUAAUUUUAAUGAUGACAUUCAGUGAAAAAUCUACUUUGCUUUUACCUUUUUACUGAAAAAUAGAAAGCUAAUUCUGAAGUGCCAACAAUCAAUGUUUUUGUCUUAUGUUGCAUAUCACAAAUGUUGAAUUUGUUUAUGUUGUGUCUGAAUAUUUUGAGAAGAGAAAUGUAGUAAUUGGAGCUGAGCUCAGCAUUUGUGAUUUCUAUUAUUAUUUUAUUUUUGAUUAUUUUAUAUUUUUGCUGUUACUGGUUAAAGGUCCAGGAAACUGGAUUCAAAUUAUGGUUAUAUUCUCCAGAAGUCAUAAUUGAUUGUCUUAAUAUUUCUUUCAAGUUUUUAACCCAAUUAUAACCAUUAAAUUGUAAUAGACACUAUUAGAUUAUUGUGACUUGUUCAGCAGACAAGAACAGGGUGGGCAUGUGUCCUGCACUCAUUAGCAUUCCUGUUUAUUCAAGUUCUGGGCAAACAUUGGCACAAACUUUAUGAGUUAUUGUAAUAUUGCAGUGCCCUUGGACUCCAGAAAUAAAACCCAUUUACCAAAACCCAAGAAGAAAGCAUAUUUCUUUAUCUGCAUACAGAGAAGGGGCAAUGCUUUGACGUUUUCAACUUUCAGCUUGCUUUACCCACACAAGAGGCAAGAGCAUCAUUUACAUGUUACAUGUAGAAAGGAUUUCACUGAACUUAAGGUUUUAGUUACAUAACUAACACCCAGUUAACACCGCCCACUGAAAACCUGGUGUUUGGCCAAGGGGGGAAGCAAGCCAAUUUCAGCGCAGGCUUUUAUACUUUUUUUUUUUUGACAUCUGAAGACAAGACAUCUGCAAAGAAUUUAGAUUUCAGUUUCCUGCAUCUUUAAAAAAUCUGAAUUAGCCUUAUUACUUUCUGCAUACUGCAGUAUCUGCUUUGUUCUCUUGGAAUUAAUUGCUGAUACUGUAUAUUGUCUCUUUGAACAAUGAAGUACACUCACCUGUCCUUAUCAAAAAAGCAUUUUCGAGGGAAUUUACCAAGACAUUUUAAUGGAAACUUAGCUGUUGUAUAUACUGGACAACAUGCAUAAUUUUGCUGUAACAAAUAAAUUAUUUUGUGCAUUCUUC